AAUGGGAUUCUGUUGUCUGGAUUCUUAUGAAAUAUUGUCUUUGGAAGGGAUUGAGUUUGAAUGAAGUUUGUUCUCGUUUCUGGUGGAGUUAUUUCCGGUAUUGGAAAGGGCCUAACUGCUUCUUCACUUGGAGUUUUAUUAAAGUGUUGUGGUUGGAGAGUGACAAGUAUCAAGAUUGAUCCAUAUAUCAAUGUCGAUGCCGGUACUAUGUCUCCCUUUGAACACGGAGAGGUUUUUGUGUUGGACGACGGUGGAGAGGUCGAUUUAGAUCUCGGCAACUAUGAAAGAUUCUUAGACAUUAAUCUUACCAGUGAAAGCAACAUAACUACUGGAAAGAUUUAUCAACAAGUUAUUGAAAAGGAAAGGCAAGGAAUGUAUCUUGGAAAGACCGUUCAAGUCAUUCCGCACGUAACGGAUGCCAUACAAGACUGGAUAUUGCGUGUUUCCAAGAAACCAGUUGAUGACUCAGGUUUACCACCAGAAAUCUGCGUAAUAGAGUUGGGUGGAACCGUUGGCGACAUCGAGUCUAUGCCUUUUGUUGAAGCUUUAAGACAACUCAAAUAUCAUGUUGGUGAAGAUAAUUUUUGUUCUGUUUUCGUUUCACUUGUUCCUGAACUGGGUGUGGUUGGAGAACAAAAGACAAAGCCUACUCAACAUGGUGUUAAAAAUCUAUCUUCUAUGGGGCUUUCUCCACAACUUAUUGUAUGUAGAAGUGAACGUCCUCUACUUGCUGAAACCAAACAGAAGCUUGGCCUCUUUUGUCAGGUACCCCCUGAAGCAGUAGUUUCAGUACACGAUGUUAGCAAUACUUUUCGUAUUCCACUCAUGUUACAAGAACAAGGAGUUUGUAAUCUCUUGAUUCGUUCGCUCAAGUUGGUUUGGAGACUUCCUACCCUUUUAGAAAGAUGGAAUCAUAUGGCAUGCAAUGCAGAUAUUUUUCAGGGUAUUACCAAUAUUGCUGUAGUUGGAAAAUAUACUGGUCUUGCUGAUUCCUAUCUUUCUAUUGUAAAAGCAUUACUUCAUGUAGGGAUGUCCCUUCAUACCCAAGUAAACAUACAUUGGAUUUCAGCGGAAGAUUUGGAAGUCCCAAGUAGCUCUAGCCUUUCAGGAAAUAGGUUGGUAUUCAACAAGAAAUUCAUUAUGCUUAAUUUAUCUUGUGGAGUUAGAAAGGAAAACUCUUUUCAUCAACGAAACGCUGUCUAUGAUAAAGCAUGGCAAACUUUAUCCACUUGCGAUGGCAUAUUAUUACCUGGAGGGUUUGGAACUCGGGGCAUUGAAGGAAUGUUGAGUGCUUGUCGUUAUGCAAGAGAGUCGAAUAAGCCUUUUUUGGGGAUUUGCUUAGGAAUGCAAGUUGCCAUCAUAGAAGUUGCUAGGAAUGUUGUCGGUAUGUCCGAUGGAAACUCGGAAGAAUUUGAUAGCAAUGCGUCUACAAAGGUCAUCAUCUACAUGCCUGAAAUUGACAAGUUACGAAUGGGAGGAACAAUGAGACUUGGUUCCCGUGUUACCCGUAUUCGUAGUUUGGAUAGUCUUGGUUUUAAACUUUAUCGCUCCGAAAUUAUUCAUGAGAGACAUCGACACCGAUACGAAGUAAAUCCUCAGCUAGUAAAAGACUUGGAGGAACUCGGAAAUGUCGCUUUUACUGGUUGUGAUGAAACAGGCCAAAGAAUGGAAAUACUUGAAAUACCGAAACAUCGAUUUUUCAUGGGUACUCAAUAUCAUCCAGAACUUAAAAGUCGUCCUGGUCGACCAUCACCUCCUUUUCUGGGAUUUAUCAUGGCUGCUAGUGGACAUUCACUGGAUGAGGAAUCCAUAGAAAGAAUAUUACGAGAAAUUGAAGAACAAAAUCCUUGGUCACAAAAGGUGUCAAAUGGAGAACUCAAUUUAUAGAAUUUGUUGUUUGAUUUUUGUGGUCUUUACGUGAAGGUUUGAUAAGAAGAAAACAUACGUUAUCAAGCUGCGAAUAAAGACCAAGAUAAAUGUCGCGCUUGACGAUACGGGGGAGUGCUUCGAGAAACAGUCUCUCAUCUCAGACUUCGCGAGACAUUUUGUACAAUCUGUUUUCAACGAGACUCUCGUUCUCUACAAUUGGCAUACGAAAUAAACGAUGACUAGAGUACAAUCUGACGAGUAUUUCAUUC